UAGAUUUGGGGCUUUUGUAUUAAUUUUGUUUUGAUGGGGUUUUUGUGUUACUUUUAUUUUGAUGGGUUUUUUGUGGAAGGAUGGUGAUACCUCUGGGUUAUAACUCGCGGACCGCAAAAACAAACACGCUGUUAGAGUUUGGGCCUUCAGCGGUUCAGCCUGGCUCGUCUGACCCAGUCCAACACGAUUGCAUUGCAAAGGGAACAAAACUGACUGGAGUCAACCUGUGUUGAAUGAAUGCAUUAAAAAAAUGAGAUCUUUGGUUUGAUGCAUUAGUUUCGUUUUCUAAUAGAUCUUCUUCUCUCUCUCUCUUUUUCUUCUAAAUAACUACUUUCUUCAUCGUCAUCGUGCAAUCGCUAUCACGCACAGAGGCGGUUAACUCCUCGCUUCACUAACCACUUGUUUUUGGGUAGUUUCCUCCUCUUAUAUUUCUCCUUCUCGUUUCCUUUUUUUGAUUGAUUCCGUUCGUUUUUCAAUAUCUAGGGUUUCAUAUAUUUUGUUUUCCUUCUGGUAUGUUCAUCUCUUUUUCUCCCUCAUUCUUCUGUUACAUCUCUAUGAUUAUCAUCUGUAAUUGAUUUCGGAUAUCUUUUAUUUGAAUCUCUUUAUUAUAGUUAGUAUUCGGUGGCUGGGUUAAUUAAUCCUCAAUCUCGUAUCUUUUUAGUGGAUGGAUGGAUGGUUCAUAUUCUGAGUUUGAAUCCCUUGAUGUGUCUUAGCCAUCACUAUCGCUGCUGAACUUGGUAGCCUUACCUAAGGAAAUUCAUGGACGUCAAAGGGGAUCAGGAGAAAAGUCAUUCCAGAGGCGGUCCUCCCAUUUUUGGUGCAAUAUUCAUGUGCAACCGCAGGACAAAACAAGAAUGUUUUGAACGAUGUCUUUUUGGCCUUCCAUCUUCUCAAGCAUAUUUUGUGAAUAAAAUUAAAUAUGGAACGGUUUUGUUUCUUUUCGAGUACGAGGAGAGAAAACUUUAUGGUGUGUUUCGGGCUAACUCAGACGGUGCCAUGAAUAUUAAACCAAAUGCAUUCAAGUCUUCAGGGAAGCAAUUUCCUGCUCAGGUUUCCUUCAGGAGCCAAUGGAAAUGCCAUCCGGUUUCAGAAAGUGAGUUCCGUGAUGCUGUUAAAGAUAAUUACUAUACAAAGGAAAAGUUUGGUUUUGGUCUCUCUGAGGAUCAGGUUCACAAGCUGCUGCUUUUGUUUAGCACAAGAAUCAAGGAUAGCUCACUGCGAUCCAAGAGUCUAACAACUAGCACCGAAGCAAUGAGGAAAUGUGGGAAAUCUGGUUUGGGAACAGUUAGUGUAUCUGGGAAUGGCAGGAGGGUUGUUACAACUGAUAGAGCUGGGACUGAAGAGGGUAGGGACAACGCCUCAGUCAGAAUGAACACGACAGGGUACCGUAUGUCGCCUAGGCCUAACCGGAUCAGUCAUCGCUUGGGAAGUUCUGAGAAACACUUUCCAAGAAGAGAUGAUCGUGAUAACCAGCUUAUGGAUGCUUCCUACAACGGUGCUUACAUGUCUGAAGAUCCACGAUAUCAUCGCUUGGGAAGUUCUGAAAAACACUUUCCAAGAAGAGAUGAUUGUGAUAACCAGCUUAUGAAUGCUUCCUACAACGGUGCUUACAUUUCUGAAGAUCCACGAUAUCAUUUUGGAAAUUCAUCAUCACUCAGUGUAGAUAACCGCACCACUCCUGCACAUGAACAUACAUCUCAUUCCAAGACUUUACCAGAUAGUUUCUAUCCAGAUUGUAGAAGCCAGCUGAUUCCAGCAACCCACUUAGAACCAGUUAGCUCGGUCGCACCAGAUAGUUCCUAUGCAGGUUAUGGAAGCCAGCUGAUUCCAACAAGCCACUUAGAACCAGAAAGCUCGAUUGUACCAACCGUAAGAUUUCAUAAUCCAAAUGCCAUUAUUGAUAACCCUCAAGAUUACAUACCACUCAAAUCUGAUGUUCGAAUUCCAGAGUAUGGUUAUCAUGGCAACCAGGACUCAGCUUCCAGUAAUUUUGAGAUGUACCCUGAUCACUUGAUACCCGAUAACUCUGUAUCAAGAAUGCCUGGUUUAAGAAAUGAAAUCUUUGAAAGGGAAAAUACAUUUUCUUUAUCCUUCGGCCUGGCUUCAGGUACUGGUGCCUCUCCUGUGCAUCACCAUGGUUGUGUUGGUGAAGGAUUACGGUAUUGGAAGAUGGACACAUCAACUGCUCUUCCCCUGGAAAUCAAUGACAAUCCCACCCCUCAGUUGGACUAUUAUUCCCGAGAAUCUCAAAAAUUGGAUCCAGGUGAAAGUCUUAGGUAUGAUUAUUCAACUGAAGACAUUAAGGACUAUCGGACUCACGUAAGCCUUCGUUCUGAUACUCACAAAUCAAGAAGAAGUGUGUUUUCUCGUUUGAAUAAGGUUAAAGGCAGCAUUACCAAGAAUCAGCAUAGUAAAGGUAACACUGAAAGUGACAUGACAGUGGAGCAACUCAUGGGUGAAUUGCACUAUCAGAACAGAACUAGGAAGGAGAUGGGAAACUCUGGACAAUCUGUUGCUCGUGACGACACUAACAGAAAUUUUAAACGGCAUAUUGCUCUGGAUGUUGAUAACAGAAACACAAAAUGGCAUACUGCUCGUAAUGAUGAUCUUGGUUGUAGUAAGAAAAACUUAAGAGGGUCUGUAGAUCACGGUAAUGAUGAUCUUGGUGAUAGUAAGAAAAACCUAGGACGAUUUGCUGUUUGUGAUGAUGAUCGUGAUACUAGUAAGAGAAUCUUAAGGCGAUCUUCUUCCCAUGAUGAUGAACGUGAUACAAGUAAGGGAAAGUCCAGACAAUUUACUGCUAGUGUUGAGGUUCGUGAUAAUAUUAAUAAAAACCCUAAUCGCCUUCCUGCUCGUGAUGAUGAUCAUGGUAGUAAUAAGAAGAACUCUGGACGAUGUAUUGCUCAUGAUGAUGGUCAUGACAGUAAUAAAAAGUUCAAGAAAGCAGUGAUUGGAGAUGAUAAUAAUCUGGCCAGUGAAGAGGAAAAACUUAUGGAAACAGACGGGGAAGAGGCUCCACUAGUCAACUAUAAACGGCGCAGUGAAACUGGAAAGGGGCAACAGGGAAGUGGGUUGAGAGGAUGUGUUAAGGGUUUUGACUCAGAAGUUGUCCCUGGCAAGAAAAGGAAACUGGUGAGACCGUCAUUUGGUUCUGUUGCUGGUGGAGAAGGAAAUGGAUGCAGAAAAGAUGAGUUAGCUCAAGAUUUUGGUUGGAAGAGCGUUGGCAAGAGUGGCAGAGAACUGAAAGGGUCAACUUCCAAGGAUGUUGGAACAGGAUUGUCCCAAGAAGUGGUUUCUACAGACUGCUUGUUGGAAAGUAGGUUAGAUCACGAUGUGCGAAGUAAUAAUGGAGAUUACAGAGAAUGCUCAAACUUAACAGAACAAGAGGUUGGUGAUGCUUUGAUCAAAACAGCAAGUGAAGGAAAAACAGUUGACUUCUGUCCUAGAUCUAUAUCAUCCAAUGAUGGUAUGCAAGGGGAAGGGCAGUGUGAAGAAGCCGUUGCCGAAGAGUGUUUGUUGACUGUGCAAACUCCAUUCCAAGUAGCCCUAGUUCGUGCUGAGGGGCAGAAUGAAACAGACGAAGGCAGCUCCCAUGAAGCACUGCAAGGUCCUGUUGUUGGUUCUGUUAAAACUGAGAGUAAAGGAAGCCCUAAAGGUUUUUCUCUUGAGUCCAGUGGUGUCGGGUGCUACAAAGAAGAGGAUCCUGUCCCAAAGCUUGGUUCUAGAGACUGCUGUUCGAACAUGGAAGUGGUAACAAAAGAUGUUGUGCUCAGUGCUGUGGGUCUUCAAAAAAUGGUUGAAGAAAACGUGAUAACAGUAGUGCAGGAGCACUGUCCUUCUGAAAGUGAAAGCAAAAGUAGCAUGUUAAAUUGCUCUCUUGCCACCAAUGCUGUUGAGGAUCUUAAAGAGGUUGGUUCUAGAGACUGCUGUUCGAAUAUGGAAGGGGUAACAAAAGAUGUUGCGUCCAGUGCUGCCGUGGGUCUUAAAAAAAUGGUUGAAGAAAACAUGAUAACAGCAGUGCAGGAGCACGGUCCUUCCGAAAGUGAAAGCAAUAGUAACAUGUUAAAUUGCUCUCUUGCCACCAAUGCUGUUGAGGAUCUUAAAGAGGGAAAAUCACAAGUACAUGUUGCUAGUGACCACAAGCCAAAAGCGCAAUGGUCAUUUCAGGAUGGCGUGGUUAGUACAGAAGGCUUCAAGCAAACAGCUAUGGAAGUUUCAAGUAAAGCACGGCCAAAGCUUACUGAUGGUUGUUUUGGACCUCAAGGUAAAGGACGUGAAGUUGAUUUGGCUAUUGAACCAAACACCGGUGAGAGUCACAAAGGGAAAGCGCUGUCCGAAGGACUCAUUGCUGAAAACCUCUUAUUGAACAGGCAAGGGUUAUCUCAAGAUACCAUGGAAAAUUGUGAUAUAUCUCUGCAACAAACAACUAAAAGAGGCUUAAAUAUUGCAGCUGAAGAGUUUAGUGGUGAUUCUUCUGAAAGUGAGCCCAAAGGGAAAAAAGUUAAAAUAUAUAUCAAAAGUACUGGUGAGACUCUGCAAAAGGAGGAACCGUCUCAAGAACCUGACGCAAGGGACUCAUUGCAACAGUUGGCUGAAGAACCUCCCUUUUGUAUUGAGGCUGACAAAGUGAAUUCUGAAAAAGCUGAUGCUAUAACUGAUGAUUCUCUAACAUGUGAUGGCAGAGAAAUUUCUGUAGAAUUUAAGUCAAGUAAGCCUGAAUUCCAUAGUGGAAAAAUUGAUAGCAAGAGAUUGCUCCACAGCAUUCCCUCAUCACUUGUCAAGGAUGAAACUACUGCCAAGAUGGUUGAUGAGGAUUAUGGAUGUGAACGCGAAUGUAAGCCAAAAGUAUCAUCUGUAACCAUGCAGUCUGAAUCCGAACAAAGACCAUUGAGGAGGGUUAAGAAGGUUCUUAAAAGGGUUAAGAAAGGAACUAGUAAUCCAUCUGCAUAGAAAGUAUUCUAUGCUAGUGAAAAAGCAGGCACCUCAUAGAAUCCAUAGACAUCUUUACGUGCUGAAUUUUUGAGCAAGUGGUUACGCAAUUUCCAGUUUUUUGUGAUCAAAGCAGCUUAAGUUUCCAGACACCUGUGCAAGUAAGAUAAAGAGCGGCUUCAGCAGAAGAAAACCUCCUUGGUGGUCAAUUUUUUUGUGGAGCAUGUCAGAAAAGAUUUUCUUGCAGUCCCUGCUAAGCAAGCUUUGUGGAGAACGUUGGGGAAUAAUCUUUUACAGGAUCCUUAUCUGACAACGCAGCUGCUAACAAUGCCAAUGCUCUCUAUCACCUGGAAGGGAUUUCUGUCACCUAUUUCAGGGUUUCAUUUUGUUGCUAGAAACCUUCUGUUGCAGGUUCGAGGCUUUGAUAAACUGGUGUGCCCAGCCUUUUGUUUAUCUUGAUUGUUAGGUAUCAGCCCCCUGGCAUGAUGGAGCUGUAAAUUCUUGUAUAGGCGUAGAAACUCUAGACUUUUAGGUUUUUUUU